AUGGCCACGUCCGCAGCUCCCGGCCCAGGACCAUCGACCAGGACGCCCCCGUGCCCCACCACUGCCCCCUCGUCUCCUGUGGGCAAGUCGCGAUUCGGUCCCCAGCUCCUCGCCGCCGCGGCCAAUGCACCCAGAAGCGUGCCGGCCGCUCCCCGGUUGUGGCUCCCGAGCCGUCGCCCACCACGCAGCUCCAGUGACGCCGGCCAACGAGGUGACCGUCCGGAGCUCCCGGCGCCACAGGCCGAGUCCUCCGUCGGUCCAUCGGAGACGAGCGCAGAUGGAAGGGCCCCGUCGCAGGCCACCGUCCCCGGGACGGAGUCACCCCCGCCGAGCACGUCGCUGGCUCUCCCAACGACUUCCGGCGGAAUCACGGGGGUGCCACCUCCCCCUGCGCAAACACCCCCACCUCUCCCCCCACUUCGCCGGAGAGCGUGGAUGUUGUCUCGCCACAUGUGGGCCCUGGGCCUGAAAAAGAAGGUCAGUCGCAAGAGAUGA